ACGUUAGACAAGCUCCUUCUCCGAGGGCCGCCAGGCGUCGCCGUAGAGCAGCUAAAGGCUAAAGCUAAAAAGCGAACCUGGGUGUCCAAACUAACCGGCUAAGCUAAGCUAACGUUGGAAUUGAAAACGUGUAAAUCAUCGAGUUAUGAUGACUAGAAACCUGCAGGAGAGCAGAGCAUGGACGUUUUAAACAAACUGACGACUCUCUUCCAGCAGGCACUGGAGACAAGAGAGCCGUCCAUCAACCUGCUAGAUUCUUUUGUCGAUCACUGGAAAGGAAUUACCAACUAUUACAUAGAAACUACAGAUGAGACUCGGCCUGUGAAGCAGACAGACAUCCCAUGGAGGCUGAAACAGAUGCUGGAUAUCCUGGUGUACGAGGAGAAGCAGCAGGAGGUGGAGGAGACUGGAGCCUGCAUGGAGUACCUGCUCCAACAUAAAAUACUGGAGACGCUCUGCACGCUGGGAAAGGCACAGUAUCCUCCUGGAAUGAGCCAGCAGGUCUUGCUCUUCUUCUCGAAGGUCCUGACCCAGAUCCAGAAGCCUGUGCUCCACAUAAUCAAUGUGUAUCGACCUGUACAGAAGCUGAUUCGUCUGUGUGGACUCCCCAACUCCCAGACAGAGAAAGAAGAGGCCCAGUUUUUGUUUGCUGUUUGUUCUCGAGUGAAGAAAGAUCCAUAUGUUCUUAAUUACAUCUUAGAGACUACCAAAGAAGGUCAGCCGCAAAGAUCCAGCUCUGUCUCCGAGGACAGUAUAGAAGAAGGUUCCAGCGGUGCUUCCAGCCCGGAGAGUCCUAACCCCCCAAACAGCUCCUCCCAGCCAGGCAUCAUCCAAGUCCUCGCUCAUCUGGGCAAGAACCAGAUGAGCCGUGUUGCCCUGCGGGCGAUGGAGAGCAUGCUGCUCCUGACGAGUAUCCCUGAGGAGGAGACUGCCAACCUGCUUGCAGAAGAAACUCCGCUGUGUGCCCUGCUGGCACAGAGACUGUGUGAACUGUACAGCACCAUCCCCACCACUCUUCACCCUGCAGACCUGCACAGCUACCCGCUCAAACAGUGGAGUUCUCCAGACUGUUUGGAGGAGAGCCCUUCGUUCCCAGCUCAGGAACAUGUAGACAAGUUCUUCUCUUGGCUAGACUACUGUGACCAGCUCAUUAAAGAAGCAACAAAGGUUCUUGCUGUCAAACUUGCCAAAUCUAUUCACCAGCAGUGGCUUAUAGGAUUCCUUCAACCUCAGCUGCUACAGAUGUCGGAGGUUGGGGUCCUGGUCCACACUGCUCUGCUGUCGUGCUCCGUGCGUCACAUUCGCUCCCCGGCUCUGCUGCAAGAGCUCGUGCACUUUCUACUGGGCAGCGAAACGCACCACGAGCAGCGGGCAGAGAUACCCCCCCACAAACAUACUCUGCGCUACAGUCUCAUUGAGCACUGUGACCACAUCUCAGACGAGAUUAGUGUCACUACCUUAAGAUUGUUUGAGGAGCUCCUGAAGAAGCCAGACAGAAACAUCCUGACCAAUCUGGUGCUGCGGAACCUGGAGAGCCGCUGCUAUAGGCUGCCGGGUUCUGGGGAGGAAAGACCUGGAGCAGACCUUGAUCUGGAAGAGUCUGAGGAGCUGGAGGAGGAUCCUUUCUUCACAGACAAUGAGUUCAGUGGCUCUGAGCCUCUGCUGUCUCUGUCCAGUCAUCGGGACGAGAGGAAGUCUAGUUCACGAACACAGAUAGCCGAAACUGUUAACAGUUUUCUCUGUUUGGUACCUCAAGAAGCAAAAACAACUCAACAUGUGCAGGGAGCAGGAUAUGACACGUAUGUCCAUGAUGCUCUUAAAUCGCUGAAAGAGUGUUCAGCCAUGUCUUCGGACUGGGGCUGGCCGGACACCCCUAAACCACUUGAUGUCCACUUCAUCUCUGCAGACUUCUAUGAAGGCCACUUCCUCAAAGUGCUGUUUGACAGGGUAGCACGCAUACUGGAGCAGCCGUACGAGCUGAACCUGCAGGUGACGUCUGUGCUGUCUCGGCUGGCUGUGUUCCCUCACCCUCAUCUCCAUGAGUACCUGCUGGACCCUUACAUCAACCUGAGUCCUGGAGCCCGUUCACUCUUCUCCAUGCUCGUCAGGGUGAUAGGGGAGCUGAUGCAGAGGAUCCAGCACUUCCCCAACUUCACACAGAGACUCAUCAUGGUCAGGAGGCAGCUGAUGGGCCUCGAGGCGGAGACCAUGAUGGAUCACGCCACCCUAUUAAAAGGAGUGAUCGUGCUCGAGGAGUUCUGUAAGGAGCUCGCAGCUAUAGCCUUCGUCAAACUCCCUGUGGGUGACCACGAACAUCUUACUGCCUUCAGCCCUUAAAUAAGGACAGUACCGAGUCUUCAGUGUCUAAAGGACGACAUCAGUUAAGCAGUUGCCUCAGUUCACGUCUGUUUGCACAGAGUAACGUGGGGCUGGCGCUGUUUUGCAGGGUGCAGUACACUGGUGUUUGGAAAAUGUCAUUGGUACACUCAGUAUAUUGCACAUACACACAGUUGGUCAGGUGUUGGGUGUAGGGGUUCAUUUCAGCUUCGACCUUGACAUUUAUUAACAAUGAAAACUAUGAGACAUACACUACUGCUAUUAGGCAAAUCAGACUUACCGUAGUACCUUUGAAUCUUCCACUGUUUUUUAUGAAGAAUAUUCUUCAGCGCCUGCAAAAGAGGGUCUUGCAGGAAAAGUUCAGUCAAACAAGCGACAUUAUUUAAUAAUGGUCAGCUGUUAGGUACGUUCGCAUGUUUGGUUUAUCGAUUCCUUUUAAACUUAUAAAGUAAUACAGCUUUGAAUCUGCCAUGUGCAGUAUGUUGGGGACAGAGGUCACCGUCCCCUGACCUGCAGGUGUCUUUACAAAGCUGCUUAUUUUACAGGCCUGUCCUGGUUAGUAAGCUGGUAGUCUUAUUAAAUGAUGAUUUACUAGCUUAUUUAUUGCGACUGGAAUAGCGACUAGAAACAGCUCUAUGUCCUUGGCACCAGGUACAAAAUUAUGUAGUUUGACAUAAGAAGACUUAAGUCUUUCACUCCGGAUCUGACGCAGGGUGCUUAGAGGGGGCUGCAGCACUGCACAGGUUGUUUUCUAGGGCUGCACGAUAUGACUUUAAACAUGAUGCUCGAUAAAGCUGUUUGAGAUCACCAUGAUGAUGUGCGAAGCAAUAACUGAUUAUUAACAUAGUGCGCCUCUGAGUGCAUGUGCCACAAAUACCUUUUUUGCUGCGAAAACAAAAAUCUAACAAACCGCUCAUCUUUAAUCUGGGGUUACAGCAAACAUGGCACUGCACUGCUCUUACUAACCAUCAAAAGCCGUUUGCUAAUGGUGCCCCCUUGUGGAGAAUUUGGAGCCUGCGAAAUGUGCGAGUUCUUUCAUGAGGUACUUUAAGUCUGAAAAAAGUCUGGAUUUUUUGUUCUGUUCCUGUUUGUGGUCUGUGUGUACUUUUAUUUUCUAUAAUGGCAUCCACAAAGGAAAAAAAUAUAUAUUUAAUUGGUUUAAGGGCUCCUUAUGAUGAUGCAGGUUUGUUGUAACAGGAGCCACUACUGCUUUGUAUCGCUGUUGUCAGAACAAAACCUUGUAUCUCCGAAAUGGUAGCUUUACAGUAGAAGGAAAAAAACGUGCCUUACUUUCAUUGUAGGUCAGUGGAACCAGAUUUUGGGUCAUUUCUUUGGGUCCAUUCAUUGUGAAACGUGCACAUAACAUACAAACAAAAGGCAUUAUCAGAUUAUGCCAAAAGCUGAAAAAGAGGUUUUGUUCCGGCAGCAGCGGCAUGUCUUACCAUACAGUCGGCGCACCGUACGCUCGGAGUGAGAAUAGGCAUGACCGUGUAAACGUGUUUACAGGUUAGUAGUUCAGGAUGGAGCUGUUUUUGAGCUUGUGUGUAUUUUGGAAUCAUCUGUUUAGCUGGAUGGUGAAGUAAAUCGAUCUCCACGAGAGAACGGGGUUCAAACCCAGCGCAGUGAAAAACUCGUCCCGUGUCCAGUGCUACGUUUCCGCUCAUCUAUUUACAUCACUUUGGUCACACGCGGAAUUUGUUCCAUCCUUGCAGUCCUUACCGAUGUGUUGAAUACAUAAACUGGUAUAGACUGAUAACUGAUAAAAACAUGAUUCAUCAUGCAGCCCUACUAAAAACAAUAAUGCAGUUUUCACCCGAAAACGAUAUCAAGUACAUUUCAAUGCAAUUUUAUCUAUUUUAGUGCAUCAGUGGCUUGAAUCGACUGUUUCGGUCAUUGAACUGUACAGUGCUCCGGCCCUCUGGGACUGUAGGACUCUCAUCUGAAGGCUCUGAAAAGGCCCUGAGCGUUUCUCACUGCACGGUCAAAUGCUCCUGUUCAGCUGAGCGUGUUUGGUGAAGCCCUAUACUGACCCAAGAGGGUCAGUAUAGGGCACGUCUCUCGUUUUACCUUUUUUACAUGCUGAUUAAUUAGCCUUUGUGAGUUUCCCCAAAACGUUAUAGCACAGUGGUCACUGUUUAGACGAAUGGGGCAAUUAUCUUUCUCCUGAUUUUAAAAUGAUCAUGAUGAUGUUUGUGGGGAAACUGAAACCUUUUCUGUGCUUGUAUUAUUAUUAUUAUUAUUUUUUAUUGUUGUUAUUACAGAGUUUAAAAUAUGUUAGCAAAAAGAGCUUUUAAAAAUGUUCUCUUUAUCUUUCUGAUGUGGUAAUUUAAGUAUGGAUAUUAAUCAUCGUGUCUAUUUUAAUUUCAAUGUCACAGAGCUGAACCAAAAGUUGAGGGGUGUGCAAUUAUGUUUUUUUGAGUGUUGAAGUCUGUGUUGCUACUUUUCUCAAUGAAGAUCACUUUCUAUGGAGAAGCGAGAUCA